UCAUGCUGCUGCCAAGUCCAGAGUCUCUCAUGGGUCCCUGUACGGCCUCCCAUUGCUGCUGUCUCCAUCGCCACACUCUGCCCAUGUGCCACUUUCCAGGUCUCCUCACACACUGCUGGGUUCCAUUUUGUCAUAGGGUGCUGGCAGAUUACGGGCCCACCCAUUGCUGCUGCCAGGCCUUAAUCUGCCAUGGGCCCCCUGUACCACCUCCUCAUGCUGCUGCCAGGUCCACAGUGUCUCAUGGGUCCCUGAACGACCGCCUCCCAUUGCUGCUGUCUCCAUCGCCACACUGCUGCCAUGUGCCACUUUCAGGUCUCCUCACACUGCUGGUGUGUUCCAUUUUUUGU